GUCAGUGGUGGUAUUUCGAACUUAUCAUUUUCCUUCCGUGGAAUGGAUAAAAUUAGAGAAGCAAUGCAUAGCGUGUUUUUAUACCAUGCAAUUAAAGCUGGUCUUGAUAUGGGAAUCGUAAAUGCUGGAUUCUUAACAAUUUAUGAUGAUAUCUCAAAAGACUUAUUACAAUUAUGUGAAGAUGCUAUAUGGAAUCGAGAUCCUGAUGUUACUGAAAAGAUUUUAGCAUAUGCACAAAAAUUUGGAAAAGGUUCUAAAAAAGAUGAUACUGAAGAAGAAUGGAGGAAAAGUGAUGUACAAUCGAGAAUUAGUUAUGCUUUGGUUAAAGGUAUCGUAAAAUAUAUAAUUGAGGAUACUGAGGAAGCAAGACAACUGUUACCAAGGCCAUUGGAAGUUAUUGAAGGACCAUUGAUGGCUGGUAUGAGUACUGUCGGGGAUUUAUUUGGUGCAGGAAAAAUGUUUUUGCCUCAAGUGAUUAAGUCUGCACGUGUUAUGAAAAAAGCCGUUGCACAUUUAAUUCCAUUUAUGGAAGCCGAACGUCAAGCUCAAUUUGCAGCAAAUGGAGAAGAUGGAGUGGAUGUUGGUCCACAACAUGCCGGUGUUGUAGUUUUAGCUACAGUGAAAGGAGAUGUUCAUGAUAUUGGCAAAAAUAUAGUCGGUGUUGUACUUGGUUGUAAUAAUUAUAAA